GGCGGGCGGGCCGGGCCCGAGGCCGGCGCGGGCGCGAGGGCGGGGGCGAUCCAGGUGCGCGGGGCGCGGUGCCCGGGCUAGCGAGGGGCGCCGGGUUGCCUGGAGCUGUUUGUUUGCGGCGCCCGCGUCGCUGGGUUCGGGAGUCGGUGUCCCUGUGGCGCGGCUCACGGAGAGGGGCCGGCGUGCCCGACGGGCUGGCGUGAGGCCCCGGUCCUCCGUGACCCCGGAGCCGUAGUCCCUGUGGCCGCGCCCGCGGCCGUGCGCGAGGCUCCCUGCAGCUGCGGGACCAAGCUCUGGUUAUCGGCUGCCUUUGGCUGGGAUUUCUUGCCAAACGUCUGGAGCCUCCCUGGCCCCUGCACACCCACCCGCCUUGCAGUUUCCCCCUCCUUUCUCUCCCGGAGAAGUUAAUUUAACAACAACAAAAAAAUACGUACAAAAUCCAGAUGUUCCUUGCACUGAGCCCCAAAGGGGGAAAGAAACUCCAGGCUGGAGGAAUUUUAUUUUUCUUGCGCUUUGCUUCUGACGUUCGCUUGGGCCGCGACCCGCGGGAGCGCGUCUGUGGGACCUCUCUGGUGCGCCGGGCCCAGGCGGGCUGUGAAUGCUGCCUCCAGCCGCCUCCCGGGUCGCUGCCCCGCGCGCUUCUCCGCAGCAGCAGUUUUUUGUGGUUUUGGCUCGUCGCGCCCCAUCGUUCUUUCCUGCCUUUCCUGGUUGCUCGCUCCCAGAUCUGGGCUGUCCUGCCAGGCGAGCUCUGGGGACCCUCGCAGUGCCCUGCAGCUGGGCCCCCGAGGUUUGCGUGGCAUCGUGUAGGCAGCCCUGCGGCUCUCCCCAGCCGCCCCGCCUUCUGCCCUCCUGCCACUCCUGGAGCCGAGGGCAGCCUCGAGUCCCGCCCAGACCCCGUCCUGGGUGCCUCAUGCCCGUUCCGGGCUGCCGCCCUGCACCCGUUGUCACCUGUUCCCUCUCCCGUGGACCAGGCACCGGCGCGCAGCGGCCUGGCCGGCAGAGGGCCCCGUUGGUCCAGAAAUGUGGCACUGCCAGGGCGGGGAGCGGCCGACUGGGCGAGAAGCCCUGCAGGUGUAUCCUGUUCUCAAAGAAAAUAAAAUAUUUUCAUGGGAAACUUUCCCUUUGUGUUUUUCUCCCCCCACCCACUUCUCCUGUUCCCUUCUCCUGGGUUGUCUUCCAGGGUCAGCUCCUUGUCUUCUCACCCUGGAGACCCCAUCCCGCAGCCAGGGCUGUGGCUCUGAGUCUGGCCUGCCUGGGGCUCAGGCCGUGCAGAGGCUGGCACGCCCCUGCAUGCCAUCUGUGCAGCCUUUGCCUCACCCUCUCGGGCAGAGGGAGGGUCAGAGGCUGGCUGUCUGGCUGCAGGUCCACGGUGAGUCACGAUGGCCUGUCAGCCAGCUGGGCCUUUGCGCUGUCCAGGCGCAGCCAUGGGUCUGCUCACCAGGCUUCAGACACGCCCUGGGCUCGUCUGCGCCACUGUGCUCUGCUCGGAGUCCCUGCUGCCAGCUUUUACUCUCCGGGAAGAUCGGAGCCACAGGAUGGUUUUCAGGGUCCUGGCUCCCAUCCUUCACCGCCACCCCGGUAGCAUCCCUCUCUUUCUCCAUCUUUUCUCUGCGCUUUGUACCUCUGGGGAAGUCUCCUUAGCUCCCUUGAAGAGAGUAACCCCCAGGGGCUGUGUGGCAAGUUGGGAGGGCUUGGUGCCCCUGUGGCUUCUCCAGCUAGCCCUUUUGGCCCUGCUCUUUAAUCCCAAAGGUCACCUCAAGUGGGCUCCUCAAGUCCCGCCCCAUGGAAGACUGCCCCAUAGGAAGAAGUUGUGCUUCCUCUGCUGGGGGGUACUCCCCCUCUGUAUCCUCCACGCCGGGCAAGAGAGACAAGGCUCAGCUUGGUGCACGAAAGUCCUGGAGGGUGGCAGGCUCUGCGCCAGCUGAGCAGGCAAAGGCGGGAAGGGACCUGGUCCUGGAGUCCACUCAGGAUAGCCCCGGGUGUAAAGACCCAGCCUCUGGCCGGCAGUGAGCGGCUGAGCCUGGGUCUGGGGCUGUUUCUCCUGGCAGGGGGAGGCGGAGAUGGCCCAAGGCUGGCAGGGCUAGGCAGGGCUGGGCCAGAGCCAGGGGGCCUCCCUGUGCCUUGUGCUAGGGCUCCCCUCCCCACCCCGAGUACCGAGGGAACAGGGGGAAGGCGCUGGGAUCCAGCCCUCCUCUCCCUUCCCCCACUCUGAAAGCUCUGCCUGGCACCGGGGCGCACAGGCAGGGCAGCUCCAGUUACAGCCCAGAAACCCGGAGAGGCUGGCCUGGGGGAGGAUCACGUGGGCGGUGGGAGCCCGCCCGGCCUGCCCCCCCCACCCCCCCUCAGCCUGCAACCCAACCCGCCUGGCCUCCGCAGUCCUCCCCAGCCUCUGGCCACCAGGCCGGCCCUCCAGGUCACCUGCCUGCCACGGAAAAGGGGCUCCUCUCUCCUGCCGGGCCUGACCCUGCUUUUCGGCGUGAUUAGCAGGUGGUGUUUCCAUGAUUCUCCUGGGGCGACAGAGGUGUCUGUGCUCUGGGGGCCUAGACAGCUUGGCCUGAUGCCCUCUUGGAAGGAAGUGGAGCCUGGCUCUAAGCAGGAAGAGGCUGUCCCAAGGGCUUGUGGCACGUUUGAGAUACAAACUUGGACACCCCUCCCUGCCACCAACGACCUCCCCCCACUCCCCCCGGCCUCCCUGUUCCACUCCAUAGACCUGGGUGGGCUCUCCGAUACUCAGCUUCUCUCUUGGUGUUAUCCUCAGAUCUCUUCUUGGACCGAGGUGAACCUGUUUUCUUGACCUGUGAACCAGCAGGCUGCCUCUCAGCCCUUCCUAAAGGUUUGCAUCCCUGGGCCGUCACAACAGACCUUCCUGCUUGGCCCCCAGGGGACUGUGUGGGGGCAGGGGUGAAGGUUUGCUUGCUGGGGUCUGGUCUGGGGUUAGGGCUUUGCCUCAGACUGGGGCUAGCUGUGGGCCCUGGCACUGUGCUUAGGGGUGCUCUCAUGGGGUACGGGUGGUCUCUGAAUGCAGGUCAGGGAGGGUCAACCUCCUCCGCUUCUCUGAAUACUGAGCCUUGGGUUCCACUGGGGGUCCUGUGUGGCCACAUGCCUGCUGGCUGCUUCAAGGAGAGGCUUCCAGCUGGUCCCUGGAGCAGAAAGGAGGAGAGAAGGCUUCCAGGAUGGGAGGAGCCGGCCUGAAGGUAGAAGGACGAGGCUGCGUGGUGAACCAGUGAAGUGGGCGGGGGGCGAGGUGGAGACCUGCUGAGAGAGUGCCACAGCCCUCGUAGGGGCAGGGGGAGAUGUGGGGGGCUCGGGAGACCCAGAGUCCGCGGGGGUUAGGGAGGGGCUGGCAGGGUGAGGUGUCCCAGGUGAUCCCCUGGCCAGGAGUGGGGGUGCUGUAAGGUAAGUCGGAAUUCGGGGAGUCACGCAAGCUUGGGUGGCAGGGCGGGUGCUACCCACAGAGACCCACCUCAGGACAGACGUGCCCUAAGAAGGCCAGCAAGGCAAAUGGCCUCUGGGGGAGAGGCCACGGGGAGCAGUGCGCUUCAGAGGGUCAGGAGAGAGUCGGCCUCCACUGCGAGCUGAGGCUCAGGCGAUGGGGCCCUAUCCACAGUGUGCAGGGCCGCUGAGGGGCUGGCAGAGAGAUUGCUGACGCCUCUUGGAAGUCGCCCUGGGUUACAUUAAGCGUUCUAGAUCUGUUCUCAGACCGAGGAGAACCUGUUUUCUUGACCUGUAAGGCAGCAUGCUGUCUCUCACCCUUUCAUAAAGGAGCUCUUACAACUCAACAGAUAAACAACUGAGCCAGAAAUUAGGCAAAGAAACAGAAUAGACAUUUCCCCCAAAGAAAUGUUCUGCAGCGGGGGAUGGGGGCUGGGGAUGGAGGCAGCAGGCUGCUGGAAGGGCCUGGCGAUGUGGGGAGGGCUUCCAGGGACAGGAGAGGACGGAGGGAUGUGGUGGACGGGCCGGGCUUCCUGCCCGCAGAGGAAGGGAGAUUCUUUCUGGACUUGCGGUCUCAGACCUCUGUGGCCAGCAGAGGGACCGAGGUGUUCCAGUUCCCCAGCCUUCGGGUCCAGGGCGGACAUGGGGAGGCAGGUGGAAAGAGCAGGUGGGGGAGGCGGAGGGGAUCCCCUGGUGGGCUGACUGCCUGUUGCAUCUCUGGUCUCCAGAGUCCUCCUCCUCCUGUCCACUCUGCUCUGGGGGUCUGUGGACUCCCAAUCCAUUGGCUCCGGCCUCCCUCAUUGUCCCCUUCUGCAGGCUCCCGUGGGGCUCUGCCCCGGCCCCCUAACACAGAGGCAGGCAGGAGCAUCAGGGAAGGCCUGGGCCUCGGGGCUGGGAGCCCAUGUGCACAGGCGGUGGGGUCUGAAGCCUCCUGGUGGGGCCUGAGGUGAGGAGGAAGCCGCCGCCAUCUGGCUCCCCUCAGCUGUGUGAGCAGGUGUCCCACCACAGCCGGCGGCCGUCUGGACGGGAGGACAGCUGGCCUAAUCUCACCCUGUCCUCGCCACUGUGGUCCAGAACCUGAGUCCCGGGCCAUGGGCACUAGCAGGAUCCUGCCCAGCUUCCAGGGUGCCCCAGCCUGAGGCUGGUGCCCACCACCCACCCCAGGGGCCUUGCAGUAUCAAGGACAAUAGAAACGUGUGGUUUUUUUUUUCCCCUGGAAAAGCAUGCAUGCACAUGAUUCCUCCUGGGGGGCAGUGGGCCCUGAAUUUGGGGCAGAGCGAUGAGCUGAUAGGGGGCCUGACUUGGCUUUCCUGGCUGCAGAAAAGUGACACCUGUCAGCAGGGCCAGCACUCAGUCCCCUUAAUCCCAGCCUGGGGGGCACCAGGCUCCCAUUGUGUAUUGUCCCGGUGGUAGGGGUGCCCCUGCAAUGCCCACCCUGGCUUAGCAGGCUGCAGGAGGUUUCAGAGGAGGUGCAGUUGUCAGGGAAGUGAGUGAGGCCAGGUCCCUGCCUGGAGGUCAGUCUCUGGUGGGUGGGGAGCAGGGCCACUGUCCUCAUGGGCCUGCCCAUCCUCCGGGGUAGCCUCAGCUGUUGCCUCUUUCAGGAAGCCACAGGACAGCCCAGUAGUAUCACCCUAUACCUGUGGUCCCUUGUGGUGUCUUGUGCAAACUGCGCUGGGCUGGCUCUUCGAAGUCCUGUGGGGGAUCCUGUCUCCCUUCCGCUUCCUGUCUCUGCACCCAGGAGUCUGGGUGGGGUCUGAGGUGCUCGUUCCCCAGGUGGCCUGACUCUCUGCUCACCCGACCUCCACCACGCUGUACCCACACUUGCUGGCUGGACCACUGCACCUUCCGGUACACGGAUGGUGGGCUGGGUGUCGCAGACUUGAGACACUGGGUCCUGAACAUUGGACAGAGGCUUCGUGGGCCAUUGCUGUGGGUGCUGUGCUGAGGGCAGAGGGCUCUGUUGGAGCGCCCGGGGGCAGGAGGGAAGCAGAAAGUCCUGUUGAGCAAGGGUUGGGGAGGUGGGGGCAGGUGGUUGCCCAGGUCACGUAGCAGGUCUGAGCAGGUAUGUGGAGCGGGGCUUGGUAGCAUGGUCUGGGUGAUGACCAGCCUGUCUUCCUGCAGGAGCUAAUGAUUAAGGGACAUUCGUGGGCUGGGCCAGGGUCUCCAGAGGAGGACAGCCCCACUCUGGACAGUGUCGACCUGGGUGGUUUGCUGGCCAUCUGGCUCCGUGACCUGCAGGCACAGUCCGCCAUGCUGCCCUGCUCCUCCCAGUGAGGUUCCUGGCUGGCCUGGCGCCCCUAGCCGCAGGAGGAAACCCGGCCGCCCAGCUGGCAGGCCUUGUGCCUCGAGACCAGCCGCCGGACGAGGGAAUGGAAAAAGGCAAGCCUCAAGCUGCGUUUGUUUUUCUUAGCGAUACCUGAGGUAGACGUGGCCAGGGAAGUGGUCUGGCCCGGGAGUAGAGGCCGCCAGGGGCUCCCAGACCAAAGCACAGCAGCCUGGCUUCCGCUCGGACGGAGUGCGCAGCAGUGGCUGCCCCAGGCCACCCCAGGGCGGGGUGUUGGUGCCGGCCGUCCCAGCAUCCUUCCUUUGUGUCUGGCGUGGUGCUGGGCCCCCGGGAGGCCAGCUCCGGGAAGGAACCUGGUCACCACGUCGAUGCUGGGAAUGGUGGGGCGGGGGCGCCCUGGGAUUCUCCCAGCACCUGCCCUGAGUCUCCCCUGUCCUUUGUGGCAACCCCACCGUGAGUCCACAGCCAUCUCUGAGGCCUGCGGAAGUGGUGGCCAGGACACAGAGGUGCGCUGGCCCCUCUAAUCCCUGCGUGAAGCCACUGUAGCCCGUCUUCUCCUUGCGGCAGGCAGUGCGUCUCGGCGGUUGCAGGCAGCCUUAGUCACUCUCCUGGGGGCCUGCAGGCCCGCCAUUCUCCAAUGGGGCUCCAUCAUCCUAGUCUGGGGAGGGAACCGUUGUCUGGUGACCCUUAGAGUCUGGGGGGGGUCCCACGAGUUCUGCUCACUUCAGGAGCCAAGGGUGGAUGGGGGCAUUUCUGUGAGGCUGGUGGAUGCCAGGCCUGGUGGGCAGUGUUCCGGGUCCCAGGUAGCAGAGUGUGCCGAGUCCUGGGUCUGCCAGCCGACUCCUGGGGGGCCAGGCAGUUCCCUGGAGUAGCCGGUCGGUGAUGGUGCCGGGGACCGACCAGGAGCUCUUUGUGCCUGGGAUGUCAGAGCCCCCUGAGACGGAGGACGCGGGGCCGGGUGCUUCUCUCUGCUGACCGAGGUGACAGCCGUCAUGGACACAAAGUCCCCGUCGCAGUGUGACCUGUACACGGGGCUUCCCUCCUGCGCUGCUCACCCGGGUCCCUCAGCAGGGCGCCGAGGGAGGGUGGCGCUCUCGGGGAGCCCCGUGCGCUGCUGGGGUCUGUGCUCACUCCACCCCCACGUGCUUGGGUGGGAGGCGGCAGGCCACGGGCAGAUGGAGGGUUAAUCUCAGAACCGGUUCUCAGCGCUGGAAUUUGUUUUGAAUUUGAUUCACACAGAAAUUAAAUGCUGUCUGGUGGGGCUGAGGUUUCCUUGGCAGGGCGCUGUGGCUUCUGGAGCUCUGGCCUGCUCUCCUUCCGUCCGCCCAGCCCAGGGUCUAAGCUCCCCAUGCCCCAGGAGCUAGGUUUGCGGGCAGGGUGGCCCUUGGGGUGGCUGGGCCUGCUGGCAGGAGGAAGGAAAAUCAAAACCUGUGCCCACCCCCGGCCGUGAGUGGGCAGGAGUGAGGUGUUCUCGGGGCUGAGUGCUGAGGACCAGGGUGGCCCCCGUGCCCGCAUGGGCCAAACCUGCACACCCCCUCUUCCAACAGUGCCUGUCCUGCCACCUGGCUGCCCUGGAGGGCAGAUGUGAGGAUGUGUGACUGGUGGGGUGCUCAGAGGGGUGGGCCUGGUAGUCUCCAGGGCAUAGUCUGGCAUGACAGCCUCAGGCCUGGUCCAGAGGGUGUUGGGCAUCCCCAGCUUGGCUCUGUCUGUUCUAGGUUCUUUCCGGCUCCCCCAGGGCUGGAGUGGGGGACUCUGCAGAGCUGGUUGGGAUUGGACGGUGGGCCCUCAGCAAUGUGGGACCUAGUCCAGGAUGAUCUGGUCUCAAAAUCCUUACCUUGAUUACUUCCACAAGGACCCACAUUCCAAAUAAGGGACAUUCUGAAGUUCCAGGUGGGUGUGAAUUUUGGGCACCUUUAUCCUCUGCUUCAGGUUAUUCCUACAGACAGUUCCCAAAUAUGGUGACCAGCACAUGGACAGAGAUAACUUGGUGUGUGAGCAAGUGCAGCCAGGGACUUGCGGAAUUGAUGGCAGCAGACCAGUAAACAGAGUGUCCCACACUGAAUAAAACAAUUCUCGCUGUGCUUUCAGGAGCAAGAUAAGCUAGGGAUAUCUGUAAGGAAUGAGAAGCCACAAAAACUGACCCAGCAAGUUUGGAAAAACCAAAGAGAACUGGGGAAAAAUUUAAGUAAUAGGCUGAUUUGAAAGCAGGUUAGAAACUGUUGAAGCGAAUUGGAAAAUUGUAAGAUAGGUCAAGAGAAAUUACACAGAGUAUGGCCUGGGCAGGCAGAUAUGUGGCAAACAGAGAGGACGGGAAACCUAGGAACACAGUGAGGAGGUCCUGCACGCUCCACCAGAAGCCCAGAGGUGGAGGAGGGGAAAUUAACAGGGUGAGGUCUGGAGAGAAUGGCUGAAAAUUUUCUGAAACUGAUCAGAACAAUUAAGAAGAUUCAAGAGGCCCAGUGUCUUUCUAAGCAGGAAAAAAAAAAAAAAAUCAUACCAUAAUAUAACAGAUUGCAACUGCAAAACACCAAAGCAGU